AUGAAUCGCAAACUUAUCACUACAGGAUUGCUGCUUACGAUUGGGACAGCCGCUGAAGCACAGACCACCCAGACGGGUCCAAGUGUCUUCCGCGUCGAAUCUGGAGUCAUGUUCGAGCUCGAUAACGCGGGCGCUUCGGACUUCCUAUUCAACUGGACUGAUUCGAGCGGUUCCGUGGUCAACGAAGCAGACCCAACACUUGUGCUCACGGCUGGGGAGACAUACUUCUUCCGCAGACUCACAGGGUCGCAUCCGUUCGUGAUUACUGACGACACGCUCCCGGUUACAGGGACUGACGGCUCGUACCUACGAGACACAUUUGAUGGCGCUGUGAUUGAUGCCGCGACGCUUGAUCCGAUCGCAGACUUUACUGCAGAUCCUGGACCCACAACUGAUCUGAUCAUGUGGACUCCGAUGCCUGGGGAUAUCGGCGAGUACUACUACACCUGCCGAGUGACAUCGCACUUGGGUAUGACCGGACGCAUCGAGGUCGUCGCGCCUGCAGGCAUCGACGAGAAAGACAUCCAGAUCCGCAGCGUGGACUUUGAUGCUGGCGUGGUCGAGUUCCAUAACUAUGGAGACGACGAUCAGGACCUGAGCGGAUGGCGCACUUGUACGCAUGACUUUGAUGAGGCGCGCCGAUACUCAUCCGCAACUGGAUUCAAUGGUGUCAUGAUCGAAGCGGGGACAUCGAUCUUCCUGCAUUACAACAACGAUGCGCCGGCAGGUCCUGACAAUCACAAUAUCUCCGCGAUUGGUGGUGCAUUCGCGCAACCACUCGAUCAGGAUGCGUACGGCUUCCAGCUGUACCAUCCUGACGAGAACGGCUCACUCUCGUUCGGGAACAGUCAGUUGAUCGCGGAUCACCUCCAAUGGAACAUCGAUGGCGACGGCGUUGGCGCCGCUGAAACACGAACAAGUCAGGUCGUUUCGGUCGGACUCUGGACGGCGAUCGGUGAUUUCAUCGCGACCACCGCGGAGUCAUCUUCGCUCGAACUCACAGACUUCGGUGAUGGGCGGCUCCACGGCCCGAGCAACUACAGCGUUGAGGAACCAGUCUGUAUCCCAGACUUCACAGGCGAGGGACAGUUGAACUUCCUUGAUGUGUCGGCGUUCCUGAGUGCGUUUGGGAAUAUGGAUCCCGCUGCGGAUCUGACCGGUGAGGGCAGCUUCAACUUCCUGGAUGUCUCGCUGUUCCUCCAGUUGUUCGGGCAGGGCCGUACAUCGACCUACCUGAUCUCGCGACUGAAUGGCGCUAUUGAGAGAGUUCCCAUGACCAUCAUGAUUACAGGCGGUGCGGGAUUCAUCGGCGCGAACUUCGCGAUUGAUUGGCUCAAUCAGAGUGACGAGCUCGUCCUGAAUCUCGACAAGCUGACCUAUGCGGGGAAUCUUGAGAAUCUGAAGUCGAUUGAGGACAAUUCGUCGCACAUCUUUGUGCGUGGAGAUAUCGGUGAUUCUGAACUGGUCGACCAGUUGCUCAAGCAGCACACGCCUCGCGCGAUUAUCAACUUCGCGGCUGAAUCGCAUGUGGAUCGCUCAAUCGAAGGUCCGGAAGCGUUCAUACAGACCAAUGUCGUGGGGACCACCCGCUUGCUCCAGUGUGCACGCAGGUACUUUGAAUCCAUGCCCGCCGAUCAGCAGUCCGAGUUCCGCUUUGUGCAUAUCUCAACGGAUGAGGUGUACGGCUCUCUGGCUCCGGAUGAUCCCGCGUUCACAGAACUCAAUCGCUACGAACCCAACAGUCCCUACAGCGCGAGCAAAGCGGCUUCGGACCAUCUCAUCCGCGCGUACCACCAUACCUAUGGCUUGCCCGUCCUGACGACCAACUGCUCGAACAACUAUGGUCCGUACCAGUUCCCUGAAAAACUCAUCCCGCUCAUGAUCCACAACGCGCUCAGAGGGAAGCCGCUCCCAAUCUAUGGCGAUGGACAGCAAGUCCGGGACUGGUUGUUCGUAUCGGAUCACUGCAGCGCGAUCCGGAGGGUGCUUGAUGCUGGAACAGUGGGGGAGGUGUACAACAUUGGUGGUCUCAACGAGAAGACCAACAUCGAGAUCGUGCAUCACCUCUGUGAUCUACUCGAUGAGUUGAGUCCCAAGUCCGAUGGAAGGUCGUACCGAUCGCAGAUCGAGUUCGUCAAGGAUCGUCCGGGACAUGAUCGCAGAUACGCGAUUGAUGCAACCAAAGUCGAGCGCGAUCUGGGAUGGAAACCACGCUACACCUUCGAGCAAGGCAUCCGUGAAACAGUCGAGUGGUAUCUUGCUCAUCCGGAAUGGGUCGAGCACAUCACGAGCGGCGAGUACCUGAAGUGGGUGGGGUCGGCGCUGCGAAAGACGCUGCGUCCGAUAGGGGCGCUGAUCGCGUGCACGCGCGAUCAAGCCGAUCUGGAAGAUAUGAGGGGGCUGCGUUCGUUUCUCGCGGACUCGAAUCCGAGCGUGAUUGUCAACGCCGCGGCGUACACGGCGGUUGAUCGAGCAGAGGAUGAACCCGAUCGUGCGAAGCUCAUCAAUUGCGAUGCCGUGGAGAUUCUUGCUGAGCAUGCCGCGCAGACUGGUGCAUUGCUUGUGCAUUACUCAACGGAUUAUGUGUUUGAUGGUGAAGGCGAUAAGCCGUAUGCGGAAACCGAUGAUCCGAACCCACAGAGUGUCUACGGCAAGACCAAGCUCGACGGAGAACGAGCAAUCCAAUCGAGUGGCUGCGAGCAUUACAUUUUCAGAACGAGCUGGGUCUACAGCGAUACUGGGAACAACUUCGUCAAAUCCAUUCGGCGUCUCGCGACAGAUCGCGAAGAACUCACGAUCGUGGAUGACCAGAUCGGCGCUCCUACAAGUGCGAACUUGAUCGCUUCGAUCACUGCAGGUGUUUUGUCACAGCAUGCUCAGGGCGCAAAACUACGCACUGGGCUGUAUCACCUUGUUGCAUCUGGAGAAACGAGCUGGUAUGGAUUUGCUCAGCAUUUUUUGGAUGCGGAUCGGAGAACAGGAGCUCGAAUCGCGAAGCUGAUCCCGAUCCCAAGCGAGUUGUAUCCGACCAAAGCUGUGCGUCCGAAGAACUCAAGACUUGAUACGCAGAAGCUGCGGGAUGCGUUUGGCGUCGAGCUUCCGGAUUGGCGCGUGGAUGUUGAUUCGUUGCUUGCUACGAUGCGAUUGCAGGUCGUCUCCAAGCAGUUGCUCCCUGUGUACGACAAGCCGAUGAUUUACUACCCGCUCUCGACGCUCAUGCACGCGGGGAUUCGUGAGGUCCUGAUCAUCUCAACGCCGAGGGAUCUGCCGCGCUUUGAGGAUCUCUUUGGUGAUGGAUCCCAGUGGGGAAUCGAGAUUCAAUACGCUGAGCAGCCUUCGCCUGACGGUUUGGCGCAAGCAUUCCUGAUUGGUGAGGACUACAUCGAUGGGCACCCAUCCGCGCUGAUUCUCGGAGACAACAUUUUCUAUGGUCAUUCAAUGUAUUCUAUCCUGACCGAUGCGGACGCGACGGACAGUGGAGCGACUGUAUUCGCGUACCAUGUUCACGAUCCACAGCGCUACGGCGUAGUCGAGUUUGAUAAGCAUGGGACCGCGAUCAGUCUGGAAGAAAAGCCCAAAGCCCCCAAGUCACACUUCGCGGUGACUGGGUUGUACUUCUACGACAACCAAGUGGUUGAGUUUGCCAAACAACUCAAACCAUCUGCGCGUGGGGAGCUCGAGAUUACCGAUCUGAAUCGGAUGUACCUCGAGCGAGAUGAACUCAGUGUUCAGCAACUCGGACGCGGCUACGCGUGGCUCGAUACCGGAACACACGAGAGCUUGCUCCAAGCUCAGCACUUUGUGCAAACGAUUGAGCAUCGUCAGGGUUUGAAGAUCGCGUGUCCUGAGGAGAUCGCGUUCCAUCAUGGUUGGAUCAGUGCUCAAGAGCUUACCAAAUUCGCUGAGGCACACAACGGGAAUGAAUACGGCAAGUACCUUCGGAUGAUCGUCGAAGAGGGGGUUUUCGUUGAUGAGCGAGGUUGGUUUACAGAAAGCUUUCACGCUGAGAAGUUCGAGGAAACGAUCGGCGUCCGUCCAGAAUUCAAGCAGGACAACCAUUCGAAAUCAACGAAGGGUGUGCUCCGUGGUCUGCACUUCCAGGCGGCUCCAUAUGAACAAGGGAAACUGGUCCGUGUUGUGGAGGGUGAGAUUUUCGAUGUCGCGAUCGAUAUCCGUCCGGGCUCUCCGACAUUCGGGAAGUGGGUUGGGGAGCAUCUAUCAGCCGAGAAUCACAAGCAGCUUUGGAUACCAGAGGGUUUCGCGCAUGGCUUUCUGACACUCUCUGAAACUGCUCAGGUGCUGUAUAAAGCAACGAGUGUGUACGCGCCAGACUAUGAGCAAUCCAUCGCGUGGGAUGAUCCGGAGAUCGGUAUUGAUUGGCCCAAGGUUGAUGAGAUUGUGCUUUCUGAGAAAGAUCGUCAAGCGCCAUCGAUCUCGAUGAUGUUGCAAGCCGAUGAGCGGCGUGCAUUGAUCCAGCAGCUUGUUUCUCAGCAGAUCAGCGCUCGCUACAAACAAUCCGUGCUCGGCGCUGUAUGGGCCGUGGUGAAUCCACUAUUGACAUUGAUGGUCUACGCGUUUGUGUUUCUUGUCGUCUUUCGGCCGCGCGUGGAAACUGGUGCGAGCGAUUCGACAGCAUAUGUGCUGAGUCUAUUCAGUGGGAUCGUGAUCUUUGGCGUGUUUUCUGAGGUCGUGUCGCUGUCGCCGAUGAUGAUCGUGAAUCGCCCCUCGCUCGUGAAGAAAGUGGUCUUUCCGAUUGAGGUGCUCCCUGUGGUUGCUUUCGGGACCGCUUCCGUUUUCGGGGUCAUCGGAUUGGGUUUGCUCUUGUUGGCGACUCUUAUCUUUGGGAUUGGACUGGGACUCAAGCUGUUCUUGUUGCCUGUGAUCUUCAUCCCGUUGUAUCUUGUGACUGUCGGACUGGGUUGGUUCUUUGCAUCAACCGGAGCCUAUUUGCGUGACACCCAGCAUGUGAUCCGAGCGGCAUUGCAGUUGUUGUUCUUUAUGACACCGAUUGUGUGGACCAUUGAUGUGCUUCCGAGCGAACGGAUGCAAACACUGAUCUUGCUCAAUCCGAUCGCGGUGGUGGUUGAGUCAUCGCGUUUGGUUAUUCUGCAAAACCAGUAUCCCGCUUGGUAUUGGCUCUUGUACGCGACGAUCGUGGGAUUGUUCGUGUAUGCCUUUGGAAAUGAUGAGUACGCUGUGCGUGUGCGAGAUCUUGGCAAGAUGUACGAGAUCUACACCAAGCCUGCGGAUCGACUCAAGCAAUACAUUUUCGGUAAGCGACGCCAGUUCUUUACGGAGUUCUGGGCGCUCCAGCAGAUCAGUUUCGAUGUCCAUCAGGGAGAAACACUGGGAAUCAUCGGUCGCAAUGGUGCUGGGAAGACCACGCUGCUGCAAUGCAUCGCCGGGACACAGAAUCCCACAACAGGUACCACGAAGACCAAAGGCAGAAUCACGGCGAUGCUCGAACUUGGGAGUGGAUUCAACCCUGAGUUUACCGGCCGUGAAAAUGUGUUCCUCAAUGGCACGGUGCUGGGAAUCUCAAAGAAAGAGAUGCAGUCCCGGCUUGAGAGCAUCGAGUCAUUCGCGGACAUCGGUGCGUUCUUCGAUCGUCCUGUGAAAACCUAUUCCAAAGGGAUGUACGCAAGACUCGCGUUCAGUAUUCUUGCAAAUAUCGAUCCCGAUGUCUUCAUUGUCGAUGAAGCACUCGCGGUCGGAGACGCCAUCUUCCGGCAUCGCUGCAUGCAUCGGAUCAAUCAAAUGAAAGAACGCGGCGUGACGAUCUUAUAUGUCGCUCACGAUGCAUCCUCCAUGAAACGCUUAUGUGAUCGUGUCGUAUGGAUCGAAGAUGGUUCGCUGAGAAUGAUCGGGGAAGCGAGCGAUGUGGUGGAUGCCUAUCUCGAGCAUCAGUUCAAGAUCACCAGCGAUGUGAGUGAACGGAAGCCAGUCGCUGAUUCGAAAACACAAUCAGAGUCGAUUGAUGCUGAACCGCAUAAACCUGCAGAAACAAAGUCGCACACUCAAGUCAAUGACUGUAGUUCGAGUAGUGAAUCACUGUUCGGAGGUCAUGAGAUGACGAUCCCUGCAGGGGAUUAUCGAGUGGGCGAUAAACGGCUCGAAGUUCAGGGUAUCGGUGUCUAUGACGAACACGGCAGGCAGUUGCAGUCCAUCGAAUCAGGGAAACCGAUCUGGUUGAGGAUGAGCUUCAAGAACAACAGCAUCAAUGAUCCAGAUGCGAAGCUCCAAACCGGUUGGACAAUCCGCGAUCUUCAAGGUGAACCGAUUUCCUCGACCAACACUGGAACAGAGGGAGCUGAGGUGCCUUGUCCCGCGAUCGGAGAGUGCACCACGAUCGCAUGGAAACUCUCGAUGCCGAUGCUCCGAGGCGGGAGCUACUCCAUCACGAUGGGAUUGAGCGUGCUUGAUGAAGAUGGACAUCCGCAGGUUGCUGAUCGUGUGGUCAACGCGACGAUCAUUCAGAUCCACGCGACGAAUCAGGUACAUGGCUUGAUACGAGUCCCGGUUGAGAUCGAGUACCAGACGGAUUCCAGUCUCGCAGGGAAGGAAGUGCACUACUUUGACGAUGACAAGCAGUUUGCGCAUGGAUCAUCGGAUCACGAGUGGUACCACCAGUGGUUUACUCCGACAGAACAGCACACGCUGAUCGGAGAGUGCACACCGGCUUAUCUCUAUUGGAAUGACGCGAUGAAGAGGAUUCAGGAAUACAACCCUGAAAUGAAACUCAUCGUGAUUCUGAGAAACCCGAUCGAGCGUGCAUACUCGCAUUGGGCGAUGGAGAUCGGACGCGGUCAGGAAGAUCGGCCGUUCAUCGAAGUGAUCAACGAGGAGUCAGAGCGACUCGGAUCUGAGACACAGCAAUGCUUGGUUCGUUCGUAUCUUGAUCGCGGGUUUUACAGCAAGCAGCUCACUCGGAUGUGGUCGCUGUUCCCGAAGGAGCAAACGCUUAUUCUUCGCUAUGAGUCGCUGUCAAGACAGCCGCAGACGAUGUUGGAAGCGGUCUUUGAAUUUCUGAAAGUAGACCAAACGGUACAGAUUAAGCCGGCGCUCGUGCAUCAAACUGAGUAUCCGCGUUCGAUGUCCAAAGCUGAGCGAGAUCUGCUGAUCGAGAUCUUCUCCAAUGAGAUCCAUCGACUCGAGCAGCUCCUAGGUGCUUAUACUUCCUAUCGCCGAAGAACUGCGGGAAUUGGGGACCAUCAGCUCGAAGAUCUCCGGAUGUAUGUAGUCGUUUUGGGAAGGUCUAUGAGCAACGCACAGGACGCAGACAAUCAGCCGAACCACAAUCCCGGUCGCGAUCAUGGUGAGUUCGCCGAGGCUCGGACGCGUCGUCCCAACGCGCUGCUGGUACUUGGGAUGCAUCGGAGCGGGACGAGCGUGCUCACUCGAUCACUCGGAUUGAUGGGGUGCAAGCUUCCGACCAAUCCGAUGGGGCCCGCCGAGGACAAUCGGACUGGAUUCUGGGAGCCUGUCUCGAUUGUUCGCGCUCAUGAUGAGUUGCUCAGAGCACUCGGGAUCGCACAUGACUUCCCGAUCGACGAACGCAUAGGGGGGCGCGAUAUUCUUGAGAUGAUCCACGCUCAGGGAUCAGAAUCCGAGUGGGUCGAUCGUCUCGCUGAAUGCGUGGAGCUGGAAUUCGGGAAUGCGGGUCCGGACGAGUGCAUCGUGAUUAAGGAUCCUCGGAUGUGCCGACUGGUUCCGCUCUGGAUGCGUGUGUUCGAGUCUCUGGGGCGCACCCCAGCUGCGGUGAUUCCGGUUCGGAAUCCUGUCGAGGUUGCGGGAUCACUCCGCGAGCGCAACCAGUUCCCGAGCGGCAAAUCGUACUGGUUGUGGAUGGACCAUCUGCUCAGAGCAGAGCACGAUACAAGAUCGAUCCCGAGGGUCGCCGUUCGCUAUGAAUCGUUGAUUGAGGAUUGGCGAUCACAACUGAAGCGAGUGAAUGAAACGCUGGGUCUGGAUUUUGCCAAACCUGCUCAUGCCCAGCAGAUUGACCGGCUUGUUUCGGAUGAGCAUCGUCAUCAGGUCGCUGAUGCUCAUUCGCUCAAAAAUCUUCCUGAUCUAGUGCGUGAUACCUACGAAGCGGCUUGCGAAGCCGCGGAAUUCGGUGGAGCAAUCGAUAGCCGGCGAUUCGAUACAUUCGGCAAUAGAUUCGAGCAGUCUCGGAAACUCGGUGCGGACUGGAUUCUCCGAUCCGAGCGUCGAGCGAACGAACUGUUUGCUGAAGUCAAUAAACUCAGCGCCUCGAUUCAACGAUCGUCGAUUGAGCAUCAAGGCGCGAUCAAUACUCAUGCGGCAACAACACGUGAACUCCGUUCGCAGAUCACCUCGUUGCAGCAUCAGAUCGAGAACGAUCGGAAGCGUUCGCACGAGCAAGCGAUGCAAUCGCAGAAGUUGGCUCAGAGAGUCGAAUCGCUCAAGCAUGAACUCGAAAGGACGAAUGCUCAGAUUGAAGAGCGCCAGGCGCAACUGAAAGCCGCUCAAGAGAGAACAGAAUCUGCCGAGCGAUCGAAACAACAAGCGGAAGAGAAGUUGAUCGCCGAGCGUGCGUUGUCUGAUCAACAGCACUCUACCCAGCGUGAUCUGAUCAAUGAUCUGAGAACUCAGAACCAGACAAUGCAGUCCCAGUUACAGGGUUUGAAGAGUCUGCAAGAUGCUCAUCAGUUAGCAACUCUCGAACGGCAGCGAUUAAACGCAUACAUCGACUCUGUGCAUCAGUCAGGGUCAUGGCGGAUCACCAAGCCGUUGCGGGCUGUGAGCAUCGCGACGAAGACAGCAGCAAAUAAGGUCAAGUUCACUGUUGCUCGGAUCCUUGAGCGCUGUGGGAAGCUGGUGAAGCACUCGCUCCCGCUCUCCGAGUCGAUGGAACGGCGUUUGGAAUCAAUAUUUUACGGCAUCGCCGGACCGCUCCUCAAACACACCGCUGGAUACAGCAACCACAUAUCGAAGCGCGAUCGUGAGCAGCAGCGCACGGCGGCUUCCAUGAUCGAACCGACGGCAACUAUUCCGUCUGCCUCGAUUUCAGCAGUAGAUCUCAACACAGUGAAUGAAGAGCAAGACUUCGAUUUUGAUCGAGUUCCUGAAGCGAUGCUCUUCUUCGGAGUGAUCGAUUGGCAUUUCCGUCAUCAGCGCCCACAACACAUCGCGGCUGGGAUGGCGGAUCGUGGUCAUCGCGUGUUCUACUUCUCGCCUCAGUUUGUGAAUCAAUCUGAUCCGGGGUAUGUUGCUGAGGAGAUCGCAACGAGUCCAAUUGAUCAGAGCGCCGCAAGCGUUGUGCAAAUCCGUCUUCAUGUGAAAGGAUCACCCUUGAUCUACGAAGGGGAUCUGGCCAAAACCCAAGCGGAUCAGAUCCGCGCUGGAAUAUCGAAGGUGCUGAUCGAUUUUGGUGUCGGACAAUCGGUGUGUAUGGUUCAGCAUCCCGGCUGGUCACCGUUCGCGUACGACAUUCCUAAUGCGAUGCUUCUGUAUGAUUGCAUGGACAAUCAUCACGGCUUUGCUGAAACUGGUCCAACGCUUGAGCAACUCGAACAGAGACUGCUGCGCGACUCGGACCUCACAAUCGUUACCAGUGACUGGUUGCAAGAAUACGCACAACCACGCGCUCGAAAGACAGCGAUGGUUCGCAAUGCGUGCGAGUACCAACACUUCGCAGAUCAGGAUCCCCGAGAUGUUCCGAAAGCGUUCGAAGGGAUCGCACCAGAUCGAACGGUGAUUGGGUAUUACGGCGCGAUUGCUGAAUGGUUCGAUGCCGAGCUUGUUGCACGCGUCGCGGAGCAAUAUCCCGAUGCGCUGGUCGUAUUGAUCGGCGCGGAUUCAGAUGGGGUCUCCGAGAAGCUUCAUAAGUAUGCCAACAUCAUGAUGCUUGGAGAAAUCCCGUAUCGUGAGCUCCCUGGGUAUGUUGCUCGUAUGGAUGUUUGCAUGAUCCCUUUCGUGCUCAAUGAUCUCAUCCGCGCCACGAAUCCAGUGAAGAUCUAUGAGAUGCUCGCGGCUGGGAAGCCUGUGGUGACUACAGAUUUGCCCGAGCUCCGUGAGCAUGAGAUCGACAAACUGAUCCAUAGAGCAACAAGUCACGACGAGUUCCUCAGAAUGGUUGGAUUGUCGAUGGCAGAGGCCGAUGACAAUCAACUUGUCGCUAGGCGGAAGCGUUACGCAGAGGGGCAAGAUUGGUCGGCUCGAUCCAUCGCAUUGGAUCAAGAACUCGCGGUACUCAGAGCAGAUACAAAUCCCGAAUCUCUCGUGAGUAUUGUUGUGGUGACAUGGAACAAUCUUGAUCUCACCAAAACAUGCGUCGAGAGUGUGCUCGCGGAUACUUCGUAUCCGAACAUCGAACUGGUGAUUGUAGAUAACGCGAGCUCUGACGAUACCCCUCAGUAUCUUCAAGAACUCGAUGAGCAAGAGCAAAGAGUUCGUGUGAUCCUCAAUGACGAGAACACAGGAUUCUCAAGGGGUAACAACAUCGGUUUGCAUGCAUGCAAAGGCAACUUUGUCGUGCUGCUGAAUAACGACACCGUCGUCACCCAAGGAUGGGUCCGAACGAUGGUCAACCAUCUCAGUCGAGAUGAGAGCGUCGGCAUCCUCGGCGUGAUCACCAAUAACAUCGGCAACGAAGCACGCGUCGAGACUCAAUACGAAUCUGUAGAGCAGAUGCCCAGCGAAGCGUACUUGCUCACGCGGGAGAGUUUGGGUGACGUAUUUGAUAUCCCGGUUGUCGCGUUCUUCUGCUGCGGCAUGCGUCGCGAGGUUUAUGACCGGAUUGGAGAUCUGGACGAGAACUUUGGUCUCGGAUUCUUCGAGGAUGAUGAUUAUUGUCAGCGUGUCCGCCAGCUCGGUCUGCGUGUGUGCUGCGCCAACGAUAUCUUUGUUCAUCAUCACUUGUCAGCGAGCUUCAACAAGAUCGGGUCUUCGCGGAAGGAUCGGUUGUUUGUAAAGAACAAAGAGUACUAUGAAUCCAAAUGGGGAGCUUGGGUCCCGCAUUGCGAGCGUGGCGAUCCGGGAGCCGUCAAAGCCACAGCUCGCUAG